UAUUAUUUAUUCCAUGUGUAAAGAGAUGUUCUCGCUUUGUUAACAUUCUAUUAUUGUUUCAGACAUAAAUAUGGCAUUUGCAGGACUGAAAAAGCAAAUAAACAAAUGUAAUCAGUAUGUCACUGAAAAAAUGGGAGGUGCGGAAGGCACAAAACUGGAUUUGGACUUUAUGGACAUGGAAAGGAAAACCGAUGUAACAUAUGAAUUAGUGGAAGAGUUACAAACCAAAACUAAAGAAUUUUUACAACCAAAUCCGACGGCGAGAGCUAAAAUGGCAGCAGUUAAGGGAAUAAGCAAACUUAGUGGUCAAGCUAAAUCGAACACGUAUCCUCAACCAGAAGGUGUUCUAGGAGACUGUAUGCUUUUAUAUGGUCGAAAAUUAGGAGACGACAGUAUGUUUGGACAAGCUCUUGUGGAAAUGGGUGAAUCUCUGAAACAAAUGGCGGACGUCAAAUAUUCGCUGGACGAUAAUAUCAAACAAAAUUUCUUGGAACCUUUACACCAUUUACAAACGAAGGACCUUAAAGAAGUUAUGCACCAUCGGAAAAAACUGCAAGGGCGUAGGCUAGAUUUUGAUUGCAAAAGAAGAAGACAAGCAAAAGCUUCUAAGACUCCAAGUCCCUAUUCUAGUCCAAUUAGAACACAAAGGCGGUCUUCUGGUUCACAUAUUACAGAUGAAGAAAUCAAAAUGUCCGAAGAUAAAUUCGCAGAAUCUCUCCACUUAGCUCAAAUGGGAAUGUUUAAUUUAUUAGAAAAUGAUGUAGAACAAAUUUCACAGUUAGCAACGUUUGCUGAAGGUUUAUUAGAUUACCACAGUCAGUGUACUGAGGUACUUAGAAGCCUAACAGAAACUUUAUUAGUCAAGAAGGACGAGGCGGCAAAUCGUCCGAAAAUGGAGUUCGUUCCGAAAACGUUGGGUGAUUUGAAUAUAGAAGGUGUAUCGGAUGGAGUAAAUGGUACAAAUCAUCACAAUUCUCUAUCAAUCACACAUAAUAAUCUAAAGCAACGUCCGAGACCUUUACCCAAACAAAUUCCUCAAUAUACCAGACCUGACCCUUUUGACCCUUGGAGUUCCGUAACAGAUGUCUUGUUAGGCUCUUCCCAGGUGUCUUCACCGCAACAUAAGCCUCAGGUGCAACUAGAUUUACGUCCUGGGCAACACUCCGCGAAUGCCUCACCAUUGCCGUCCCCCAUGAAAUCACCUGCACGAACGCCUAUAUCACGGACUCCAUGUUGUACCGCGUUGUACGACUUUGAUCCAGAAAAUCCAGGAGAACUUGGCUUUAAGGUAAUGUUUGUCUUUCAUUUUGUAGUAUCCUGAUUUCUAUUUUAUUUGAAUUUAAAUAUUACAUGGGCGCAAGAAAUUAAUAUAGGAAAUAAGGGAUUAUAACCAUCCAUAGCUGUUUGUUGAAGGAAACAAUUGAUAUAUACAGUGUGUUUGUCCGUUUUGUUUACACAUAAGAUUAGAUAUACCUCCUGCAAAGCAGGACUGGUGUAAUUAGUCUCUCUAAAUCGCCUUUUAACAAUACUAAUUUUCAUACAGAAUGUUCCAACCAAAGGCGGCAGUAUUGAAUUUACCUUCUCCCACUAUCUGUAGCUUGGUGCCAUAUAUUGAAGU